AUGGAUGCUCCUGCGGCUCUCAAUCGAGCCGCUCUUAAUGAGUUUGUCACUCGUCCAGUAUCACGAGAGAUGGUUGCCUAUCUGGCUCAGCAAGCUUCCCUGGUCAUCCGCUGCGAGUCGCAUGUGACCUCCGCUGUCAGCCGUCAUGGCCAGCCUACGCCUCCAAGCACACCUCCACUGGAUGGCCUGCCUCCUCUGCCAUCAGUCGAGACGUUCAUCGUCUCGCUCGUCACUCGGUCCCAGGUUCAGGUUCCUACGCUGAUGGCCUCUUUGGUCUACCUGGCUCGACUGCGGGCACGCUUGCCGCCUGUCGCCAAGGGCAUGCGUUGCACCGUUCAUCGGAUCUUUCUUGCAUCGCUCAUCCUGGCAGCAAAGAACCUGAACGACUCGAGCCCAAAGAACAAGCACUGGGCCCGCUACACGGCUGUCAAGGGCUACGAUGGCUUCUCCUUCUCGCUGCCAGAGGUGAACCUGAUGGAACGCCAGCUGCUGUUCCUCCUCGACUGGGACACUCGCGUCACCGAAGACGACCUUUUUUUACAUCUCGAGCCCUUCCUGGCUCCUAUUCGCCAGCGAUUCGAGGCCCAGGAGCGUGAGGCAGAGUUGAGGCGCCAGCAACAGCAACAGCACCAUCACUACCGCGAAUGGCGCCGCCUCCAUGCAUCGGCAGAGCUCCUUGCCAGCCGUCUGCGUCGCCAGAAGCUAGAAGCGCGUGCAGACGCUCGUCACAGCAUGAUAGAGGGCGGCUCGCCUCGCAAGCGCCUUCCCAGCCACGUCUCCUCGUCCAGCCUUGGGGGCUCUCCUCAAUCCAUCGAGGGUGAGCGGUACACUCCCUACCAUCCUCACCACCACCAGCGCCUUCGCACGUCGCCAUACCGGUCCGGCCGAUCUAUCUCUCCGCCAUCCAUCAACGAUGUCCCCUGCCUCUCCCGCGCAGAGACUUUCAACUCAUUGAGCUCUCGUUCAUCCAGUGUUGCCCCCAGCUCGCGCGGCACUCCAGCCAGCAUCAGCACCUCCUACUCUUCGACCAGCAUGGACGAAGUCAUCGUAGCGGACGCUAACAGCCCUUCUGCUUCCACUCUGGGCUACAGCUAUGUCAACAUGCCCGCGAUCCAGGCAGACGCAAAGCAGUCUUUUGAAGACUUUCACCGACAUUGUCACCACCAGCAACCCAACAAGAAGAUGAGAAUGGCCAGCAACAGCGGCAGCACCGGCUUUGUCGCCCGAUUCUUGGCUUCUGCCGCGGGUUACCACAUGGGCGGUCGUCACGCGCGCGUCUAA